CUCGCGCUCCCGCUCCGGCUCCUCCAUCUUGGCCUCGGCAGUGUCGGCUGCCGGGAGGAUGUGCCGCCUCCUGGCAGGGGCAAGAAGGAGGAGAAGAUGAAGAAGUACCGGCGGGCCUUGGCCCUGGUCUCCUGCCUCUCUCUGUGCUCUCUGGUCUGGCUUCCUAGUUGGCAUGUGUGUUGUAAAGAGAGUUCUUCAGCUUCUGCAACAUCAUAUUACUCUCAAAAAGACAAUUGUGCACUAGAAAAUGAAGAUCUACAAUUACAGAAAAAGGAUGAAAGAAAGAUACCUGUAAAUGAUGAAUUAUCAGGAAAAUCAAGUUUAGAUAUACCAAUUUCUCCAGAAGAAAAUGAAGUAAAAGAUGAGCAUAUUGUGGAUGUACAAAAUACAGAGUCAAAAAAGUUAAGACCACCUAUUAUUGACACACUCCCUACCGUUGAUUUACGUGAAGACUCUUCCAAUAUAGUUAUGAGCAAUGAAAAUGUAGAAAAUACUUCCAGCUUAUCUACCUCAGAAAUCACUUCAGUCACAAAGCUUGAUGAAAUAGAAAAAUCUGAUACUGUCCGUGUAGCCAAGACAAGUGAAACUGAACAGUCUGAAACUGAUUGUGACGUUGAUGAGGCCCUUGACACAGAUGCUUCGAUUCAGCAGCCUUCCUUUGUCAGCCCCCCCGAAAGCCUUGUUGGCCAGCAUAUAGAAAAUGUGUCAUCUUCACAUGACAAAGGGAAGAUAACAAAAUCAGAAUUUGAAUCAAAAGUUUCACCGAAUGAACAAGGUGAUGACAAUCCAAAAUCUGCAUUGAAUGCUUCAGAUAAUUUAAAAAAUGAGAGUUCUGAUUUUAUGAAACCAGGAGAAACUGACCCUACACCUGCAGCAAAUCCCAAAGAUCCAGAGGAUAUACCAACAUUUGAUGAAUGGAAGAAGAAAGUUAUGGAAGUGGAAAAAGAAAAAAGUCAGUCAUUGCAUCCGUCUUCUAAUGGAGGUCCCCAUGCCACCAAAAAGGUCCAGAAAAAUCGAAAUAAUUAUGCUUCAGUAGAAUGUGGUGCCAAAAUUUUGGCAGCUAAUCCAGAAGCCAAGAGCACAUCUGCUAUUCUAAUAGAAAAUAUGGACCUUUAUAUGUUGAAUCCAUGCAGCACUAAAAUUUGGUUUGUUAUUGAACUUUGUGAACCAAUUCAAGUAAAACAGCUUGACAUUGCAAAUUACGAAUUAUUUUCUUCUACUCCUAAAGACUUUCUGGUUUCUAUCAGUGACAGAUAUCCCACAAAUAAAUGGAUUAAGCUGGGUACUUUCCAUGGUAGAGAUGAACGGAAUGUCCAGAGUUUCCCUUUAGAUGAGCAAAUGUAUGCAAAAUAUGUGAAGAUGUUCAUCAAGUACAUAAAGGUGGAGCUGGUAUCACAUUUUGGGUCAGAGCACUUCUGUCCAUUAAGCCUUAUAAGAGUAUUUGGCACUAGCAUGGUAGAAGAAUAUGAAGAAAUUGCUGAUUCACAGUAUCAGUCAGAACGUCAAGAACUCUUUGAUGAGGAUUAUGAUUACCCAAUGGAUUAUAAUACCGUGGAGGAUAAAUCUUCAAAAAAUCUUCUUGGCUCUGCUACAAAUGCCAUUCUAAAUAUGGUGAAUAUUGCUGCUAAUAUUCUGGGAGCAAAAACUGAAGAUUUGACAGAAGCAUUUUGUUUCGGGGGGGAAAUUCAUCCCACGUAUAUAACUGAUGAAAUACAUGAGACAGAGCCAUCAGCACCAGAUACUCCAAAAGACAGUCCUAUUGUACAACUAGUUCAAGAAGAAGAAGAGGAGGCAAGUCCCUCCACAGUGACCCUUCUGGGCAGUGGGGAACAGGAGGAUGAAUCAUCACCUUGGUUUGAGUCAGAGACGCAAGUAUUUUGUAGUGAACUGAGUACAAUAUGUUGUAUUUCCAGUUUUUCGGAAUAUAUAUACCAGUGGUGUUCAGCUAGAAUUGCUUUUUACCGUCAGUACAGCAAAAGUGCUAUGAGGGAAGGAAAUGAUUACCAUGUGCCAGCUCAGCCGUCAGUAUCCUUUCCUGCGGAACCAGUUGAUGCCUCAGUACUGCAGCCUCCAAGUGGAGAAUUGGACAGUAAGAAUAUGGAAAAGGAAACUGAAACUGUUGCUCUUGAUGACUUUAGUUCACAGAAAGGUGAUUUGAUAAAUCACACAGUAGAGCUGAUUGAACUUGAACCAAGUCAUUCUCAAGCUCUUUCUCAGUCUAUUCUCUUAGAUAGUACUCCAGAAAUGAAUUCAUUACUGAAAGAACGAUCUGAAUCUGUUAAGCAUGAGACAGGGCCUGUACCAUCACAAGUUAUUACACAAGAGAGUUCUGUUGAGUCUGAUAAUAAAACAGAGAAAAAGUCUCAGAGCUUUAGUUCUAUAGAGAAGCCAUCUGUGAUCUAUGAAACAAACAAAGUAAAUGAGUUGACAGAUACUAUAAAAGAAGAUGUGACCACCAUGCAGAUUAUCACAAAGGUAUCUGAAACAAUAGCACCCCCUGUAAACACAGCCACUAUAUCAGACAGUGAAGAUGGAGAAGCCAAAAUGAACGUAGUUGACACACCAAAGCAGAUUUUGACUCCAGCUGUGGAUUCUUCAUUAUCUGAAGUAAAAGAGGAGGAACAGUCUCCAGAAGAUGUUCUUUUGCGAGGGUUGCAGAGGACUGCUACAGAUUUCUAUGCUGAAUUGCAAAAUUCUACAGAUCUAGGAUAUGCUAAUGGAAAUCUUGUACAUGGAUCAAACCAAAAGGAGUCUGUAUUUAUGAGACUUAAUAAUCGUAUUAAAGCCUUAGAAGUUAAUAUGUCUCUCAGUGGUCGCUAUCUGGAAGAGCUUAGCCAAAGGUACCGAAAACAAAUGGAAGAAAUGCAAAAGGCUUUUAAUAAAACAAUAGUGAAACUUCAGAAUACUUCAAGAAUAGCAGAGGAACAGGACCAGAGGCAAACUGAAGCCAUCCAGAUGCUGCAGGCGCAGCUGACCAACAUGACACAACUUGUUGCAAACUUAUCAACAACAGUUGCAGAGUUAAAACGGGAGGUUUCAGAUCGACAAAGCUAUCUUAUUAUAGCUUUAAUUCUUUGUGUUGUCUUGGGACUGAUGCUUUGUAUGCAGCGUUGUCGCAACACUUCUCAAUUUGAUGGAGAUUAUAUUUCAAAACUUCCCAAAAGUAAUCAAUACCCAAGCCCUAAAAGGUGUUUCUCUUCCUAUGAUGAUAUGAAUUUGAAAAGAAGAAUUUCAUUUCCACUCAUCAGAUCUAAGUCUCUCCAGUUAACUGGCAAAGAAGUAGACCCAAAUGAUUUAUACAUCGUAGAACCUCUGAAGUUUUCUCCAGAAAAAAAGAAGAAACGCUGCAAAUACAAAACGGAAAAAAUUGAGACCAUAAAGCCCGCAGAUCCAUUGCAUCCAAUAGCCAAUGGAGACAUAAAAGGAAGAAAGCCCUUUACGAACCAGAGAGAUUUUUCUAACAUGGGGGAAGUUUAUCACUCUUCUUAUAAGGGCCCUCCAUCUGAGGGAAGCUCGGAAACUUCAUCACAGUCAGAAGAGUCCUAUUUUUGUGGCAUUUCAGCUUGCACAAGUCUGUGCAAUGGACAGUCCCAAAAGACAAAGACUGAAAAGAGGGCUUUAAAACGAAGGAGGUCUAAAGUCCAGGAUCAAGGAAAAUUGAUAAAAACUCUAAUACAGACUAAGUCAGGAUCAUUGCCAAGCCUGCACGACAUAAUCAAAGGAAACAAAGAGAUCACCGUGGGAACAUUUGGUGUUACAGCAGUCUCGGGACAUAUCUGAUAUUAAUCGAACUUUUCAUACUGGGGGCUUUUUUUGUUCUCUGAAGAACAGUCUGUGGUAUUUGAAGGUAUUGGGGAGGGAGAAAAUAUUGGGAGAAAUAUUCUGAAAUUAUGAUUUAUGCCUUUUGAAAAAGUAGAUGGGAUUGUGUCAAUCUUGGUUAAUGAGCUAC